AUGAAAAAAGAGAAAAUAAGGAAAAUAACAGGUGCAGUGAGUGCAGUGAUCACUUUCUUUAUUACAGAGUGCAGAGGGACCUGGAGUUUUUUUGAUGAGAACACAUACGGUGUUGUAGACUCGCACAUGGGAGGAAAUAGCGCAGAAAGAGCAAUGGUGGAUCAGUCUCUUCAAACAGGGACAUAUGCAGUAGAAGACAGUGCAAAUGGAUACAUUCCUAAUCCAAUGCAUAGUAUGCCUGGUAUAAUACCUGGCACAUCAAGAGUGGAAGAUAGAGCACAGGCUGUAGGCUUCUUUUCUUCUCCUCCAACCAUCUACAGCUCGCCUGAUAAUGAGAAUUUAUCCUUUGCAGAUCUGCAGAGAACGGAAGAACAGAGCGAGCAUUCUAGACAGCAACAGCAGAGUAUGGAAAAGACUGGCACAGGUGAGGAUGCUUUUAAUGGAGCAGAAAACACUGUUAGUAUGACUAGAGAUGGCAAUAGCACAGUGAGUGGAAAGAGAUCAGAUCAUGCUGUGCCAGACAUGGGCAGUAGUCCUAUAUGCGAUCCACUGAAAUCACUGGAUGAAUAUAUAAACAUGUAUCUCUUAUCUUUGCAGCCUUCUGAAAAGCCCAGUGCAGGCAGCAUCUCUUCUACUCCUGCCGAGAAAGCUAACACGCUUAUUCCAUCUGUAGCGAAAAAAAGAAAGAAAUCAGAAAAAGAUAAAUCUGCUUCCCAGCCUGCGCCAAAGAAAAAGAAAAAGGUGCCAGCUCCAAAGAGCCAAGCAGCUAUCUCUGCAGAUGCAGCAAUAAAAGACAAACGACUGGAGAAUCUCAGAAUUAAGCUAUGGAGCAAGAGUAGACUGACCAAUGUAAGAAGGGCAAGCUACAAAACGCAGCACCAAACAAUAUACAGAUCUAACAAACACGAUAACUAUAUGGUUAAUGAAAUAAUAAAGGACCCGUACCAAAAAGAAAUUAGAAAAUACAUAGCAAAGUUUUGUGAAAAAAUUGCUCCUCUAGUAGACCAGAACGCGCUGUGGUACUUUAUUGCAAGUAGAACCUCAAUGUUAAUCACAAAACAAGAAGAUAUUGCGUACUUGAAAAGUCUAAUUAGUAUUAAUAAAGAUAAUUAUCAUAGGAACUUCGCAGAGAGCUUUAAAGACUACUAUCCUGAGGUGUUUGAAGACAUGUUGGCAUACGCAGAAAAGCACAAGCCGCUGAGAGUGAUCAAAAAACUCAGGCCAACUGAAUGGAAGGAAACGCUGGGAGAUGUCUAUAUACGAAAAAGCCUAGAGAUAAACAGCUAUGUGAUGAAAAAUCAGGACAAGAUCAGCCAGCUGUGUGGAAAAUACUCAGCGCUGGGCUAUGCACUGCGCAUGAUUCUUGCACUGCCUGAAGUGCACCAAGACUUUUCCAGCAUCAGCACAAAUCUUAUAAAAAACACACAAAUCUACGAAAAGGAUAAAAACAAACAAGCCCAUGAAGUUCUACUGGCCAUACGUGUGCUAGCAAAAGACUCGUCAGAGAACAGUGAAAAAAUAGAAAAUGCACACAAAAAUAUUUGCAGCGCUCUUUUGAAGAUAUACGAAAAAACUAAAGGGGAAAAGAUGACAAUACCAAAGAUAUAUAGAGACAUAUAUGCACUUCUUGCAGAUUUCUAUGAGAAAGUAAUAGUCUUUGAUUACAAUGAGUAUAUACUGAUAGGCAAGUGUGCCAUAAAGCAUCAAAAAUACGUUAAAUGCGGGAUGACCUUACAAAUGGGAAAAAACGGCUCUUUUAAACAGGCCAGCGAUUCUGAAUAUUCUGCAGAGAAGAAGAAUGUGUGGAGCAUUGCACCUGAGGUAAAGACGCACUACCAUGUUUACUAUGUAGACAAUGAAACCCACCAAUCUAGAAAGCUGUGCAUGCCCAUACAUAAAGAAAAAGGCAGAGAGUACUAUCUGCACACAAUUGAUGGCAUAAUAAGCUAUAUAAAGAAGCUGUAUGAGAUAGAGGAGGAUCUGGAUUUUAUACACCCUUUCAAAGUAAGAAAAGAAGCUAGAAGCUGGACGUACAUAGAUAAGAAAGAGCGGCACCAGACAGUGAAAGAGCUGGAGGAAUACGAAGUGGUGUUCUACCGCAUUGAGGAAGACCUGGCGAAAAAAACAUUUACAUUUGCCGAGUUUAGGCCUUUGAAGGAAUAUAGCGAGGACAGUAUUCACAUCCCACUAUUUCUUACGCGUUUUAUGCAGGAUGCAAUCGACUUGGGCCCAUUCACCAAGGAAGACGUGCAUACAGAGAUAGUUCCUAAAAUGGGAUUCAAAGAUAUAGCUCCGAAUGUGUACAACUUCAACGAUAAGUACACAGACGAAAGGUAUUCAGAUGUGCACGGAUACUACAGCAAUCUGUGCAUACUGCCCGAUGCAGAAAAGAAAGAGUCCAUUGACUGCUACAUUAUGAACUACCAAGUGGUUAGAGAAGGCGAUGCUCUCAAGGCGCUGUGGUACGUGAAUAUGACGAAUAGCGAGAAUGUGUACACACACUUUCUACUAGACGAAAAGUUCAGAAAAAAAGGAAACAUAAGAAAACUUAAUAGCUUUAUCAAUGCACUAGAGUCAAGAAGGUACCACAAGGGCAGCGAUCUGCAGAGUAUUUGGCUGAAAAACAGCAGUGCAGAAGACAGAGAAUCGAAAAACCAGACAGAAAAAAUAUACACAUGGCUGGUGAAAGACGAAGAAAAGAAACACAAGAGCGAGAAGAAGAGCAAAGAAAAAAUCAGGAAAAAACUAAGAGAAGCAGAAGAAAGGCUCAUAAAAGCAAACAAAAGCUUUAUGGAAGCAGAAAAAGAAGUAGAAAAGCUAGAAAUGUCGGGAAAAAGCAAUAGUAAAGCAGAAGAAAAAAUAGCAAGAGAAAGGGAUUCAGCAUUUAGCACAAGAUAUAGAGCAAAAAAAAGAAUAAAAGUCCUAAGUAAAGAACUGUACGAAAUGGUAUCAGAAGAGCCAGAUGAGCAUAUAGAGUUUAUAGUAUUCAGAAAUGUGAACAGCAGCAAGUCCAAUCUAGGAGCACACAACGAGAUUCUCGAUGUCUUAAUCUCGCGCUAUAAUAAGUAG